GUUUCCUAAGAAUGACAAAUGUUACACUUUUUAAAAGUAAGUUAUUUCAUAAUUAUCCUCCAUACUCUUUACAUCCCUCAACUCUUCUCUCAUCCAUAUAUUGCUCUUUGCCCUUUGUUAUUCCCUCUCCUCCAAACAUCAACCCAGAUUUCGCCCACCAUAAAAAUUCAUUCCCAAAAAGUUUUCCAAUUAUUUCUUCUCAUCUUUUCUUAAAGCUUUUACCCUACUUAUAAACUUCACUAAUUGAUUCCAUUAAUCUUUUCCUUUAUUUUUUUUGUGUAUUUCAUGAAUUAGGGUUUUAUGGAAAAUUUGGGGGUCGGUUGCAACAACUCGCACAUGGUUGCUAGUCUAAAUUUUAUGAUGUUGAUAGAGGAGCAAUGAAGGCAUGAUGUUGAUAAAAGAGUAAUGAAUGUAGAUGGCAAUAACAAAGUUGAUGUAUGGUAUAGAAUUCAUAUGACCCUUGUUAUCCAAUAGUCUAAAACCAUGUAAUUUAUUUAGGAAUCAUUAAGGACAAUAUUGCUCAUUGUACGAUGGAUGUUGCUGAAAAUUGUGAAGCUUCUAAUGAUGCUAAAGCCUGAGACACUAUGAGUUUAUUUGAGCUACUUAAAACAAAGAUGUCAUAUCAAAUGUGGAAAGAGAGGGGUACAGCUGGCGACAAGAGGUCAAAUAAUGCAAAGAAUUACAAUUGCAAAAAAAGCGGCGUAAUACUUCGGAAAUGUCUUCUACAAGUUUCUCACCUUCAAAGGAGAAGAAGUGCAAAUGUGGUGUUCCCUUUGCAAAGCUUACCAGUUGGACAAGGGAGAACCCUGGUCGUAAGUUCAGAACAUGCAAGUUCUACGAUCCUGUAACUGAGAGCAGAGGUUGUAAAGCAUUUGAAUGGGUGGAUGAACAAGAUGGGACAGCCUGGCAAACAGAGGUGAUCAACAAUUUGUUGUUAGAUAAGAAACUGUUGAAGGGGGAAAUUAGUGAUUACAAGAGGGAAGUUGAUGAUCUUGGUGGACAGUUGAGGUGUUUGCUGAAUGAAGUGGACAGGCUGAAAAUGAAAUGCAAGGCUUUAAACUCUGACAGGAACAAGAUGAACAGAGAGAUGCAUGGAAGGAAUGCUAGAUCAGAUCACUCUGUUCUUAGUCUUGCUGUUGGGAUUAGUUUGGUCAUAUUAGUGAUCCUUCUUAUUAGGGGGUUUGUAAUGCAUUAAGUAUAACUUGUAAUGCUAGUAAUUGCAUGAAACAAUAAUAUGGUAAUGUAAUGAUUUAUAAGUGGCAGUGAACCACUAUUGCAAGCAAACUAAUGUACACAAUUAUGAAAGCAAUGAAUUAAGUAAGUACCUAAGUAGUUGAUAUUGCA